AUGGGACGUAAACUUGUAACGCUGCGUCGAAUAGUGCUGCUGCUGCUUGGUGCUGUCUGUCUCGUUUCGUUGAUGGCAAUGGUAAUUGACGCACCAUCACGGCCGAAUUACGCUGAUGUCGAUGUGCCAUGGAUACCUGAUUUCCUAUCGCAUUCAGAAGGGAAGGCGAAUGCACCAUGGAAUCCUGAUAUUCGUCUUUUAUUUGACACCAUCCGUCGGAAAAAAUCGUUCGUAAAUUUUGAUUCGGGAAAAAGUAAUGAAAUGUUUGCGCCAAUUGACCGCUUUUGA